UCCGAGUCUGGGCAUAUUCUUGGGGGUUUUAUUUACUUCCGAUUUGACUCUUGCCAAGGUCACUGGGUUGGAAUACAAUCGAGCCUUGUUUUACAUAUACCCCCGAUUCUCAGGAAUCUGGUUAAAGCCCUCAGCCAAAAUUAAGACUCGAAGUUUUUUAAGUUUCCGAUGCUAAACGUAAUUGUUGAGAUUCGUGUUUCAGUAAUAGUUAGGAAUCGUGGAGGAACAACUACAAAUUCACGAGCUCGCACAACAGCUGGAGGGCCAAAUAGUGGUGGACUUUGGCGUUUUUACACUGAAGACUCUACUGGAUUGAAAAUUGGACCUGUUCCCGUUCUAGUCAUGUCACUUGUAUUCAUUGCCAGCGUAUUUAUUCUUCACAUGUGGGGCAAAUAUACUCGAAGUCGUUAA